AUGGCUAAAAUACAAGCAAUGGAAGGGUGGAAAAGAGCUCCAAAGGGCCAUUUUGUGGUCUAUGUAGGAGAAGAAUUGAGGAGAUAUUUUGUUCCAACAUCUUAUUUGAGGAAUCCCUCUUUCCAGCAAUUGUUAGAGAGGGCUGCAGAAGAGUAUGGCUAUCCUAGCCAGAAAGGCAUUAUCCUGCCUUGCGACGAAACCACCUUCCAAAGGGGUCCUCUUCACAAUUCACUGGUUGAUGCGAUCGAGUCCCACAAGGCAAUGGCGCGCAACAGUCCAUAUUCCAAGAGGAUUUUCUCCCAUAAGCUUUUGAAGAAGUGAUGUACAUUCCUCUCUUGUUGUUUUGACCACUUGGGCUUGCUUCAGCUUUGAGUAUAGAGGACAAAGGAAUUCUGCUUCCAGUUGCAUAUAUUUCCGAAAUGUUAUAUAUUAUUUUCUUGUCGUCAUUGUAUCUGGUGGAUACUGUCGUAUCUUUAUUCUGUGAAAAUUUGUCUGAACGAGAGUGUACAGUUUAUUUGAAUAGCGCGGAUUUAUUUCCAGUUCUGUAUAAAUGCUAUGUUUGGAUGCUUUCCCAAUUGUUUAAAUCCUUU